AUGGAUUUCGACAAAAAGUAUCUUCAGCAGAAUCGAUUUCAAGCCUUGCCGCUUGAGCUAGCACUCCAAAUCGUUGGAAGCGCACUAGGGUAUAUCUUUGCCAGCCUUGUGACGCCUAACGGCCUCGUGUGGUCCACAAGAAGUCACCUUUGGUCUGCGAUUGGGUUUCAGAUCCUAAGGACUACUUUUGUCAUCCUCAUAGGUGGCCGCGACUCAAACCAUCUCAUCUACAAAACCGCCCCGAAGGACCUCAACUGGAUACUUGUGGGCCCAGAGUUUCACGCACUCCAUCAUGUCUACCCGGAUCGUUAUAUCGGCUCAUUUAUUAAAGUCUUCGACUGGAUCUGGGGUACUGCCUACUCCUUCAGACGUAAGCGUUUUACGAUCAUCGGAGGAAGCGAAGCAUUUAGCCAAGCAAUUAUCGCAGAGCUCGAGCGUGAAGAAGGGGUAGCCUGCAUUCGCAAGUUGAAAUUUGGGACUGAUUGGGAUCAUGAUCACUUUGAAAAAGUGAUCCCAAUUCUUUCAAACUCUGACGUUUUAAUCCUGGGUCACGGCUCUAAUGGCCAGGACGAAGUUGAAUCAAAUUGCAAUUCAGCUACCCGACUUGUCAAAUCAUUCAAGCAACAUAGAGCGAUUAACCCCGUCUGCCCGGCGCUUCCGGAGGUAUGGUACGUUGGCAGCGAGGUUGAGUUCUAUCAGCCCUGGGGAAAUGUACAACAACGUUACUCUCAAUCGAAACGAAGGUCGUUCCUGCCGCACGCUCGUUCCUUUUUUGAUGACCCUGAUAUAAUUUACCGCCACAUUGUCCUACCCUCAUUUGCUUCAUCUAUGGAAACUGCUGUGUUCGAUGCAGACUGGGCAGCUAAGUGUGCAAUGUGGUGGAUCCGACGAGGUGCGAGAUAUAUUCCCGUCACGUAUACGGGAUUUUCGUGUUGGAACUAUUUCAAGUUUAUGUAUCGCAUUCCUUAUGCGAAUGAUUUGGAUCAAAAGUGA